AUGCAGGUGGUCGGGCACAAGCAAAGAGUUAAUCCUGCGCUCCCUUGGCCCCUCCCCUUUGAUGUUCUGACAUCACUAGUCCGGCCCCCUGAAAGAUCUCCCACUUCCUCUGAGCCGGUCACUUCUACUCUGGGAUGUGUACUGGAACUUCAGGAACAUCAGGACCAAGUGUUUGCCGGUGGGGAGAAAAACAGAGACGGAACGUUCGGUUCUGGGAAUGGUGCCACAGGUGUAGCCUCUGGGCUCAGCAGAGUAAUGGCUGUUCAGACUGCAGUCAUGAACCCUCAGUUCAUGAAUUUCUGCUUCCCCGGUUCUGUGAUGGAGUACGACGUGGAGAAAAGUCUGGACGUGGGCCUCCUGGGCGAGGCCGAGAACGACGACGACUACAAAGAGACCACCAGGGACCUGUUGAGCUUCAUAGACUCGGCCUCCAGCAACAUCAAGCUGGCUCUGGACAAGCCGGUGAAGUCCAAGCGGAAAGUCAACCACCGGAAGUAUCUGCAGAAGCAAAUCAAGAGGUGCACGGGUAUUAUAGCACAGGGAAACGUGGAGGAGGCUCCCGUUAAAAGGCAGGGCGUCCCCCUGGUGCCGCCUGGCCCUUUGCAGAGCAAAACCCUGGCCAAACGCGACGGGGUCCAGGCCAACCUGCAGAGCAAGAGCCUGGCGGCCCUGUUCAGCCCCGUGAAGGAUGUAAGAGGCGAAAAGGCCAAGAAGCCGCCCCUCAGGCACCGCAACCUGCCCCCCUCCUUCUUCACCGAGCCGGCCAACUGCCACAAAGUCAGCUCCACGUCCGGGAUGACGCUCAAGGACCUGGAGCGGGGCAACCCCGACGCCGCCGACUUCUUCGAGCUCCUGGGGCCCGAUUACAGCAACAUGAUCAGCGAGCAGGACCUGUAUCAGAGCGCGCCCGCCGGGGCGCGGCUGCAGCCGGACAUGGCGGGCCCGGACCCGGCCUCCUACGACUGCCACCCCUUGGUGAGCGGCCUCCUCUACUCGGAGCCCUGGACUGGCUCCUCUGGACCCGCUAAGAAGACGGGCCCGGCCCAGCCUGCGCUCUACUGCCACCCCGAGGCUGCCGCCGGGCCUCUGGACGACGCACUGUGCACUUUGGCCUUCCCCAACUUCUUCACAGACUGCUCCAUACCUCAGGUCACUUAUGAUUUAAGUGGUGGUUACAACAGAGCUAAUUAUUCAUCUCUAUGAGAAAUUCUGCUAAAAACAGAUAAAAUUGCCGCGGCAAAUGUAACUCUAGUUUGAGAGAUAUUGAUAGGAUUAUUUUAUGUGUAAAUAUGUCGUGGAGUUAAAUGUAAACACGUUUGUGUCAUUGCUGCUCGACAGAAUUGUAUCAUUGGACUUUUAGCCGAGAAAAUCCCUUCCACUUGUGUGAGUAUCGGAAUAAAGCUUAUUCCUUAGUCGGUGGUUUAGUUCAUUAAACGACCUUUAAUGCUAGAAAGUCAUAUAAUAGAGCUGUUUGUCACAUCUGACGGGAGGAUAAAAACUGCAGCAAUCUCACAGCCACGCACUUUGUGGGUCCCAUUAGCAGCGAUUGCGGGGACAGAGAAGAGGACUCACUCUGCUGAAGCCACGAUUACACCAGCGCCUGAUGCUGUUUGUUCUGCAGCGUUUUACAGCUCACACAUCAUUUCAGCCGUCGGUUCCACCGCUCGUGUCCGUUUUUUAUUGUACAGCUGUCGCAAGAGGACAAAAUAAAGCUGGUCUUUAUUACUGUG